AUGACGCGGAAUCUAGAUCUCGGGGCCCGAAAUAGUAGUCCUCCGACAGACGAAUCUCAACGUUCAUCGCACUCCUCUGAUAGUAUGGUUACGGUACGACUAUCAAAUUCCGAGUCCAUCCCUCAAAAAAGAAUGUCACUCAAGUUGGUCACUGAUGACCAGUCAACCGGCCCAAGAGCCCUCACUGAUCCCGUUAUCGGAAUCUCACGACCGUCCCCUACAUCUCCCAUUGGGGCUUUUCGAAGAGAUAGCAUGAGCUCCGAACCCGAAGAAAGCACGGUCGACUGGGCGGAGCUGGAGCGCUCGGAAGAAAAGGAACUAAGAGACGAUACAGCUGAUGAGAGCACGACUUUCUUACUAGCCCGUCUUGAAAAAGAGAACUCGCGACUCGUAAAUGACCCAAAAGCAGCCCGGGCGGUCCCUGGGCAGCCUCGACCACCCUCCUUGCAUCAUCUUAAAAAACUGAUGGACAAUCCUGAUCCUGCUACCCUCAGAUAUUCGAUGCUCCCUUCGCCGCCGCCAUUGACUGAUCUCGACUUCUAUGCGGCUUUGGUAAAUGACUAUCACCGAACGGCUAUGAGGCUGCCUUUUCUUCUUAGUAAAAAGAUAAGGAGUGGCAUUCCGCCCCCGUUGCGUGGUGUGGUGUGGAUUUCUAUGUCAGGAGCCCGUGAUUCGAAUCUAGAGUCAACAUACGACCGACUUCAAGGAGAAUCUUCUCCGUACGAGCACCUUAUCGGCAAGGAUCUCGAUCGGACUUUCCCGGGGGUUGAUAUCUUUUCGACGGCUGGGGGCGAAGGGCAACGAAUGCUUGGUAGAGUCCUCCGAGCUUUUAGCGUUUAUGAUACACAGAUCGGAUACUGCCAAGGGCUCGGCUUCUUGGUUGGACCCCUUUUGAUGCAUAUGGGCGAAAGAGAAGCGUUUUGCGUCCUUGUUAGGCUUAUGGAAAACUACGAGCUCCGUUCCUGUUUCCUACCGAAUAUGUAUGGAUUGCAGCUACGGUUGUAUCAACUCUCCAACUUAAUUGCGAUUCAUCUUCCAGAGCUUGCUAAGCACCUUGACGAACUCGGGAUCCAGGCAGAAUAUGCCACACAGUGGUUUUUGUCCUUUUUCGCUGUUACUUGCCCUCUACCAAUGCUUCUCAGGAUAUACGACGUGAUCUUCCUCGAAGGGGCCCCUGAAACGAUCAUGCGUGUUGCAAUCUCUCUUCUACGCCGUAAUGAGGCCCGUCUCCUCGCCAGCCACGAAUUCGAAGAAGUCAUGCAGAUGCUGUUGGCUCGGGGCUUAUGGGAUACUUACAAAUGUUCUGCCGACGACCUUGUGAAUGAUUUCAGUAGCCUAACCGGGAUGGUCACGAGGGAAGGCCUGAUGGAGCUAGAAGAGAAGUUUAAGAAAGAACACCCAGAAGAAGCCCAUGUUCCAUUUCAGUCCACAAAACCACAGGAAAAUAGUGUACAAGCUGUAGCAGCGAGAUUUCUAGGGAGGUUUUGGGCGAUCCAAUCCCCACGGGAAAGCACACCUUCGGUGAAUCUUAGUGCAUUGCCAGUCCCUACAGCGUCUCGGCCCAACAGCACGAUCAUGCGAAGGACCGGGUCGAAGCAAAGCAUUGCUACAAUGAAUUCGCUAGACUGUGCGGUCUCCGAGAUAGGAAGCGUACACCAGGAGGCAAAUUCGUCAACAGAUGAUCCUCGGAGUUCUAGCAAAUCAGCAUCCUCCUCAGCCCGUAAAAACAAGGAAAACGACUUGCACAAUCAGAUUGAAGAUCUCCUCGUUGCCAUGAGUGCGUUGCAACGGGAGCAUGCUGCGAAGAUCGAUGAACUACAAGCGCUACGACAGGAGAGGGCGGAGGAGCGCCGGUUAUCAAAACGAUUGGUAGCUCUGGUCGCGCAGGAGCCAGCUCAACCGAAUGAUUCUAGUUCUGAGAUUGCAGAGCUGUGUAGUCAGCUUUCCCAAAACUUCGACGAAUUUGAAGACCCUGCUCAGCCGCGCCGAUCGUAUAAGGAACUCGCCGAGGAACUAGAACGAGCAAGGGAAAAGUUAAGGCAAGAGGUAUCGCGGACGAAAGAUCUCCAGUCACAGUUGGUUGAUAAGGAUGGGGAGGUUACUCGAUUAAAGGGGCAGGUGGCCGAGUCCAGGUCCCGAUGGCAGGAUUCUCAGAAAGAGAAGCACAGGCUCGAGAAAACAAUCAGCGAUCUUAAAGCCCGCAAAGAUCUUCCCAAACACGUUACUGCCGAUUUUGACCAUCAUGACGCUAGUCCAACGGCGGAAACGGAGAAGCAGCCCAAUGGGCUCCGAGCAUUCAAGUUAAACCGGACCGAUAGCGGCGCUAAUACCAGGCCCAGGCAGGCUCCCACAUCCACCCCGCCAACGUAUAACAAGCGUUCAAGUAGUCUCGGUAUUCAGCCACUACUUCAGAGCACUGAUAACCAAACUCCUGCGUCAGCUGAUGCUUUGUUGCUAGAACUAGUGCAAGCGAAAACAGCAGAAGCAACAGCGAGGCAAGAAGCCGAAGAAGCUAGGGCGAAACUCGAGGCAAUGCGGAAAAUGCUCACCAACAGCACCCCCCCGUCCAAAGCAUCGAUAGAACGGGCCAACACGGUAUUCAUGCCUGGCCAAACUACAACAAUAUCUUCGAUGGGGCCUCCGUCUUCAGCUAAUACGUCUAAUACGGGGGCAUUUGGAAGAUGGGCACCAUGGGGUCGCAAGUCGUCGGGUACUGAUUGA